AUGGUCUACGAUGCGAGCCCCUUCCAUCAUGAAGACGAGUCCACCUUUUACAGCAAUGACAACCAAUCGCUGAAAACUCCUCCAAGAGCCAUGCAGCAUGACACACUGGACAACAAAUACCCCAUGCAGCCUAUAAUAGACUCUGACAAUCCAUUCGCCAGCCACUUUGCCGAACGCAAGAGACAAAAGAAUGUUGGUAGUAAUAAUCCCAGUCGAACGAUAUCGCUACGGAGGGGAGCUAAUAGGUCGAUGAACAGACCUAAUCGUGCACCCAGUAUGCGUCGAGUGCAGCCCAUGCUGAGAGGAGAGGACGAGCCACCGCCGUUGGCAAGAGCAGGUGCCACCUCAUCACGAAAGAAUAACGAUGGGCUGGAUGCAGGUGCUACGUUGUCGAGAAAGACACCGAUAAUGAAGAGGAAACAAGUUACGUGGUGGACGCAUCUGUCGUUGCUGGCAACGUGCUGCUUCCCUCCUUCGUUCUUGAUGGUGCUGGGGUUGAGGAAUGAACCAAUUAGGCAGGCGUGGAGAGAGAAGGUCGCUCUCUGUCUCGUUAUCUUCUUGCUCUGUGCUUCUGUUGGGUUUCUAACCUUCUUUUUGCGAGCACUGUUGUGUAACGGGCUUGGAGACAUCGACGGUCUAUCUCUCUUCAACCAAACAUAUAUAUGGCCCAAACCACUCGCCAAUCUCGCCGGUGUGUUGAUUAUAAACACAUAUGUAUACGACUAUGAUAAGGUGUAUGCCGUGCUAGGAGCCUACUAUGGAUUUACCGAUGAGUGGCGAGGAGCAGAUAUAAGUCGCAUGUUCCCACCGGGAUCAGACAGCUGUGUCCGCUUCUUCCCUGGAAACUAUAAUUGCUCAAUCCCAGGUCCGCAUGGAGGGCCCAGUAUACCAGCAGCAGGCCAGCAAUGCCCGUCGCUAUCAUCGCUUAGUCGUGUGAAGCCCGCAUACCGUCUUAUGAUGUCGUGGGACGAUUUGUACCAAACAAAGGCCGAUCCGCAUCGCCUCACUGCAUUUGAUGGCGCCAUAGUGAACCUGACUGCAUAUAGCAUAGAUCCGUAUGGUGGAUUUGCUAAUGGCCUGUCACAAGCCACCGCGCGGCUCGCAGUCGCACCUGGUCGGGACAUGACGAAAUCCGCAUAUAGUAAUGAGGACUCGCUAGAUACCUUUGCCUGUAUGCGGCAACGGUACCGUGUCGCUUCUCUAGACUCAGAUACAGCUGGCUGUUUCUUCUCGUUUGUAAUAUUUAUAUUGAUUCUGGUCACGGUCGGCACACUAUUGGCAGUCCGAUUCGCUAUGGCUCUGGUCUUUUACUGGUGUAUAUCGGGCCGACUUACGAGACAGGUUAAUCCAGGUGUCAAAACAGAUCGCAAGUUUGCAUCUCGGUUUACAUCUCGUGGUGCCGACAGAUUUGAAUUCAAGGCCAAUCCAUCUGGACUUGAUGACGAGCAGGGUGAACCGCCUGUAAUCAUGUUUGUUACGGCGUACUCUGAAGAGGAGCUAGCAUUACAGUUAUCGUUAUCGGCACUGGUAGAUUCCGAUUAUCCAGAUGGUCGUAAACUGCUUUUCGUAGUAUGUGACGGUGUGGUUACCGGAUCCGGAAACACGAAAAGCACACCUGAGAUGGUCUUGCAGCACAUCCAGCUCGAAGAAUCAUUCGGGAUACCAAACCACCAGUCAUACCUCGCCAUCGCAGAAGGUGCACGUCAACUCAACAUGGCCAAAGUGUUUGGCGGAUGGUAUAAAAACAAUAUAGGCCACUACGUACCCACCAUAGUCGUAAUUAAAACAGGUGCACCAUUCGAACGAUCCGAUCCCAAGAGCGGAAAUCGUGGUAAACGGGACUCGCAACUCAUCCUGAUGAAUUUCCUAUCUCGGGCCGUGCUUGAUGAUCGAAUGACCCCACUCGACUAUGAACUAUAUUGGAAGAUCGAAGCGCUUACAGGCCGCCAGCCAGAUUCCUUCGAGCUAAUCAUGAUGGUGGACGCCGACACACGUGUAAACGCCGACUCGAUGGCCCACAUGGCAAACGCAAUGAGGAAUGAUCCACAAAUAAUUGGCUUGUGUGGUGAAACCCGUAUUGCAAACAAACGAACAUCAUGGGUGACACUAAUCCAAGUAUUCGAGUACUAUAUUUCACAUCAUCUGGGCAAAGGGUUUGAAUCCGUGUUUGGUGGUGUCACUUGUCUACCUGGUUGUUUCUGCAUGUAUCGAAUCAAGGCUCCGAAGGGGGAACAGGGGUACUGGGUGCCGCUGUUGAUUAAUCCUGAUAUCGUGGAGGAAUAUUCUGAGAAUAUUGUGGAUACGCUGCAUAAGAAGAAUCUGUUGCUUUUGGGUGAAGAUCGAUUCUUGACUACGCUCAUGUUGCGUAACUUUCCUCACAGAAAGACAGUAUUCCUUCCUCAAGCAAUUUGCCAUACCACAGUCCCAGAUACCUUCCGUGUCUUGCUAUCUCAACGACGUCGUUGGAUUAAUAGUACAAUCCACAACCUUAUGGAGUUAAUGUUGGUCAAGGACUUGUGUGGAAUUUUCUGUUUUUCGAUGCAAUUUGUCGUCAUGUUGGAACUACUAGGAACUCUCGUCCUCCCCGCCGCCGUAGUCUUCACAGUCCUCCUAAUCGUAAACACUAUAAUCACCAGCAAACCCGACUGGUUUACCCUCGCCAUGUUUAUGGGUGUCCUGGUACUCCCCGCCAUCCUAAUAUUCAUAACAACCCGUAAAAUGGUAUAUCUCUUCUACAUGGUAUUCUACCUCAUGGCCAUCCCAAUCUGGAAUCUUAUCCUGCCGCUAUACGCAUGGUGGCACUUUGAUGAUUUCCGAUGGGGCGAGACGCGCAAGGCGCAUGGUGAUAAGGCUACGGGACAUGAUGAGGAUGAAGGAGAGUUUGAUUCGAGCAAGAUUGUCUUGAUGAGACUAUCCGAAUGGGAAAAAGAACGCCGCGACCGCCUCACCGCAACCGGCAAGCCCAUAACACGCGUCAUAAACCCCCAGUACAAUAGCAGCCAUGCUGGCAUGGCUCCCUCCGAAGCUGCUCUUGCACCAGGAUACCGCUCCCAACCAGGCGCACUCAAAUCCGCUCUCCGCAUAAACACGCCCGCUACAACCACGUAUUCAGCAUACUCGUCGACCACAGCAUCCAGCAGCACCAUGACGAUGCCGCCAACAACAGCUAUGCCAAUGACACAUAUUACGUAUGCACCACCACCACGUGUCACGCCGACGGUUGCGGCACCACCGUUGCCAACGCCGACAUCCGUCUACCGGGAACAUGAUAGGUCGUCAGGUGGGGUACGUGAUUCCGUGUAUGCUAAUGAGCUGGAGAGGAUGCUGGAUGCAAGUCCGUCGUCGCCUGUUAUGACUGCACCGGUUAGGAGUACCAGUAAUAGUAAUAGUAGUAGUAGUAGCAGUAGUAAUAUACCGGCACAUGUGGCACUUCCUCCUCCAACACGGGUAUGGAAUGCAGGAGGUGUUACGAUGAAUACGAUGGAUUCAGCACAGUCCAAGGCAUCGUGGGAGAGUAGGAAUGAUGGUGAUCUUAUGUCGCCGAGUGGGAUUAGUGGAUGGGAGAGUUUAGAGAGGAUGUUGCAGCAACAGUAA